GGCGCGUGGAGAGGCGGGGGAUUGCGAACAGAGCGACUGACUGGAGGUCUGCUGCGGACUUCAGUCGGAGCAGCCGACAGUGAAAUAGGUGGGAAAAGUAACUGUGAAACUAGCUGUACGGUAGACGCAGGACACAGAGACCCAGAGACCCCACUGGAGUUUUUCGAGUCCAGCAGUUCCCCCAGUCAGACAUGAGGAGCCCUCCAGGCGUGGGUCGCUGAGCAGCUGAGGUCAGAGUUCAAGUGCUUGUUCUGGCAGUCAUGGCUGACAGAGAGGGGCUGCCGGUCGCCCCGGGCCAGGUCUACAUCGAGGUGGAGUACGACUAUGAGUACAAGGCCAAAGACAAGAUGGUGACUAUCCGCCAGGGGGAGUGGUAUAUGCUGGUGAAGAAGACCAAUGAGGACUGGUGGCAGGUGAAGAAGGAGGAAGGCACAAAGGCCUUUUACGUGCCGGCGCAGUACGUCAGGGAGGUGCGUCGGGCACUCAUGCCCCCCCAGAAGCCCACCUUGAGGGCCAAGCCCACUGUUUUGGAUAUCUGCCGGGCAUCUAAUGAAAACCUCAACAGACCCCAGCCGGAAAUGUCCAGCUUUGGGCGUCCUUCGCCUUCCUCUACCCCGUCGCCAUCCUCUGAUCGCGUCACACCGCCAGUUCUGCCCAAGGAUGCUAACCAGAAUCUGGGGAGUCCACAUCACUGCAAGGUGGUGGCUGAACUAGUACUUCUUCACAACAACAACAACCAUCACCACGCCAACAAUUCCACGUUGCCAAGGACACGGGCAGACUCGCCUCCGCUCAAAGCUGGGAACAACCACAACAAAAGUCCCGAUAGCGACAAGACCUCACCACCGGGCGACUUGCCAGGAGAGGGGCUGAACAAAAUCCACAACGACUCUGAGUCUGGGGACGAGCUCAGCAGCAGCUCAACAGAACACAUGCAGACAACAUCACCCACAGGUCAGGGCCGGUCCGACUCCCCGGUCUACACCAACCUCCAGGAGCUGAAGAUCUCUCAGUCCAGUCUGCCGCCCGUCCCCUCCAGCUCCCCUCUCCACAUCCUGGGCGACUGGGAGACCCACAAAGACCUGAGCGGCAGGCAUUUCUACUACAACCGUGCCACCGGAGAGCGGACCUGGAAGCCGCCGCGCACCAGAGACACGAGCGGGAGCACCAGCAGCAUCCGAGGAGACGGCCAGGGCACAGCAGAGAGUGAGCCGCUGUCCUCAGAGGAGAACUGUCACAGCACCCACUCGAGUCAGUCCGACAGCCAGUACGGGUCGCCCCCUAGAGGCUGGUCUGAGGAGCUGGAUGAACACGGACACACGCUCUACGUCUCUGAAUACACACAGGAGAAGUGGAUAAAACAUGUGGACGAACAAGGCCGGCCUUACUACUACAGUGCUGAUGGGUCCAGGUCAGAAUGGGAGCUGCCUAAGUACAAUAUCUCCCCUCAGUCCGGAGAGGUUCCCAAGAGUCGCAGUCUGGAGAGGAAGCAGCAGGAUCCCAUCGUCCUCACCAAGUGGAGACACAGCACCUACGUCUUAGACCUCAACGAUAAGUUCUCUUUCAAACUCUGGCGGUUCACUCCCCACUCGCACAAGAGGAGAUUGCGUCUCUCUCUUAACCGUGAUAAAGAGUGUGCUCCGGCGCCCAAGCAGAGCUCUCCAGACUCUGACUCCUGCCCCUCAUCUCCUAAGCAUCCCUCGACACCGUCAGAGAAGUGCGGUGUCCUCAAUGUCACCAAAAUCACAGAAAAUGGAAAGAAAGUCAGGAAGAACUGGACCUCCUCGUGGACAGUGCUGCAGGGUUCCUCCCUGCUCUUUGCUAAGGGUCAAGGAGGCAGCACCAGCUGGUCUUACUACCGCAGCGGCUCCAUCCCUGAGCUGCUCCUCACGCUCCUUAGCAACUGGAAGCGCUCAGUCAAGCCCCGCCCUGCUGUCUCCUAUGUGAACUGUAGGCCUGUGCAGGCUGCCGCUAAGUUCGGAAGCAACCAGUCGAAGCCCGAGUUCACCGUCGAUCUGCGAGGGGGGUCGGUGGAGUGGGCCUCCAAGGACAAAUCGAGCAAGAAACACGUCAUCGAGCUGAAGACUCGUCAAGGGACGGAGCUGCUGAUUCAGUCGGAGAUCGACAGUGUCGUCAACGAUUGGUACCGGGCCCUCACAGAGACCAUCAACACACAUGCCUGGGAGUCAGACGAGGCCAUUGAGGAGGACAUGCCAGAGUCUCCAGGAGCUGAGAAACAGGACAAGGAGAAAGACCACCGGGAUUCCAAAAAGAACAGAGUGAUGAAGACCUCUGUGAGUAUGGACUCAUCAGACCAGAAGAAAACCAGAAUGAAGCUCAAGAAGUUCCUGAUACGUCGACCCACCUAUCAGGCAGUCCGAGACAAGGGCUACAUCAAAGAUCAGGUGUUUGGCUGCAGUCUGACCAGUCUGUGCCAGCGGGAGAACACAUCGGUGCCCAACUUUGUCAAAAUGUGCAUCGACCAUGUGGAGAACACAGGUCUCAGUAUUGACGGCUUGUACAGAGUGAGCGGGAACCUGGCCGUGAUCCAGAAGCUCCGCUUUGCUGUAAAUCACGAUGAGAAGGUGGAUCUGAAUGACAGUAAGUGGGAGGACAUCCACGUCACCACCGGAGCUCUCAAGAUGCUCUUCAGGGAGCUUCCUGAGCCUCUCUUCUCAUACGGAUCCUUCAAUGACUUUGUUAACGCCAUCAAAUGCUCCGACUACAAGCAGCGAGUGAAUUCAAUCAAAGACUUAAUAAAGAAGUUGCCAAAACCCAACCACGACACAAUGCAAGUCCUCUUCAAACACCUGCGCAGGGUGAUCGACCACGGGGAGGCCAACCGCAUGACCACCCAGAGUGUGGCCAUCGUGUUCGGACCCACGCUGCUCCGGCCCGAGACUGAGACGGGCAACAUCGCGGUCCACAUGGUCUACCAGAACCAGAUAGUGGAGCUCAUACUGCUCGAGUACGAAAGCAUCUUCGGCAGGUAGAGGCACCCACCUGGGAAGAGGAUGCAGGGCUUCUUCAAACACGGGCUUCUUUUCCUUUUUUCCCCCCUUUUCUUUGACUGAGCUGAACAUUGCUGUGGACCAAGCAGUUAGGAGAAAAAAAAUCGAAUUCACAUUCAUUGCGGGACAGUUUACGUAAAGUGUUGCACUUACAGAAGUUUUGCAGAUGAAUUUAAAAAAAAAAGGUGUACAGAUUUCACCCGCUUUUUUCAGUUGCCAUUCCUGCUGCGAGUAGCGGGCCGGACAAUGGACAGUGUUUCAGAGUGAUGCCGUGGUGACGUCCGUGUGAUUUUGGUGGAUUUGAGUAUUCAGGUGUUUUCACAUACACUGGAUCCCUGUGGCCAGUAAUUUUCAAACUUCAAAGCGGAGCCGGUGGCACCCUUCGCCUCCUGGUUGGAAGCCGACCGGACCUUGGCGGAGGGCAGCCAAACCGGCAAACCUCAUCACCCCGCUGAGGGAAGGAACAGAGUCUGGACUGGAUAGGUUUCUGCGUUGUGGAGCUUUGUCUGUGAUGUGUCAGCCGUGCGUGGUUUUGGAUUAGGUGGAAAAAAUAAUCAGUGUUAUGUUAACAGUCUGUCUUUUGGCACUUGGAUGAACUGGAGUUACAGAUUGUGUCCCCCAACUUCAGUACCCUAACCCUUAAGUGACAUCACCGCCCUUCCUCCCUCGGCCCCCACCUCCCCCCUCUCUACCAGUGUUAAGCAUUAACCCUGUGACAUGAGCGUCCUGUGACUUGAAUGAUUGAGGACAGACCCUCCGUGUGUGUGUGUGAGCAAAUUAACCUAAAUGGAAUAAAACCUGAGCGGAAGCAUCCUCGUCUUGCCACUUUGUACAAACUGUGUGUCGUGUAGUCUUACGUGCUUUGGUAGUUUCCGUUAAGCUGCCGGGGGUCAUCGUCUGUGCUCCUAUGUGAACUUCAGUGUUGGAUUCUCCAGUGGCAGGGAAAGUCACCGAGGUCCUGGUUGUACUGGAAAACAGCAAAAGUGGAUUUCUGGGAACUGCAGUGUUACUGAUUUUUACAUGAAUUGUCUCUGACAGAUGACCCUUCUCUUCACCUAAGCUAAUGUUAAAGAGUAUCCAGAGAAUGGGAAUUGGUACUGAGAAUAUUUCAAAGGUUGAUGUAUGGGAGCGUAUGGGUGUUAGAAUGCAAAGAAGAGCCUUUACAAACCUUUCAGAACAUAUGUACAGUGACAGAAACUAGUUGUUAAAAUGUGUUAUAGUGACAGGUAUGUAUGCUUUCAUGGUGAACUAGUGAAAGAGGAUUUUGAUUUUGUAAAUUUGAAUUAAAACAAUACACAGAUUGUGAAAAAAACAAACACAUGAUUGACUGUUACUUUUGUUUGAAGGUGUAUCUGGAGUGUUUGCGCAUGGUCAGCUGCACAUUUUGAAUGUAAUUUUCAGGCUAACUGCUGUUUGUGAAAUUGCUAUGUCUAAUAAAAAAGACAAACCAAA